AUUUCUACUUCAGCAAAAAUAGCAAAUAGCCACAGGAAGGUGGAGUGAAAAUUUUUCAUCUGGUGGUCCACAUUUCGUUCCAGAAAAUAACGUGUGCAUUGUCCAUGCAAUUUUCGUUCAGCUGAAUAUAUGCGGAAAUCGUUGGUUGUUACAGUGGUACCGGAUAUUUGGUAAUCAGAGGUAGACACGAUUUGGACUGUACCUACUUAUAUUUUAUACUCAAGUUAAAAAGAAGGAAAACGCGUGAUUAAAAGAUGGAACAAAUUAUUCGCAAUUUGCUGGUCGCGGAUAACGAUUUAAUACAACAGGCUAGUGCGGAUUUGAAAGAGGCCUUCAAACGGCCAGAAACAGUACCCCAACUGUGCGAGAUCGCCGUCACACACAACGAUGCUCAAAUCCGCCAAUAUAGCGCUAUGCUAUUGAAGAAGCAGCUUAGUAAACUGCGCAACUGGCAACAAGUACCGGCCGAACAGCAAGCACUUAUAAAGCAGGGAAUGCUGGAAGCGAUUGUCAAGGAACCGGAGAAGUCUGUUCGCAAUGCGUUAACUGGCUUUGUUGGUGUAUUGGUGCGUCACGAGGCAACCAGAGACGGAGCCUGGAUGAAUGAAGUUCUCAAGUUCAUGUUUGAUAGUACCAGCUCCAGCGAUUCCAAAGCAGCUGAGGUCGGAUCGGCAACGUUCUCAACCCUUGCUGACAUCUCACCGGACCAAUUGAUCCCUCAUUUUGAGACGGUUUGUCAAUUAUUCUCCUCAGCCUUGGUUGCAACUGAAGCCAGUGGCAACAUGACCACUCCGGUUGUCUUCAACAUCUUACAAGGAAUGUCUCAUUUGGUGCGUUUCAUUACUGGCCAUCCUGUUGCAGAAAAUACAUAUCAACAAUCUAUUCCGUACGUCGUGAAGGCUUUGAUAGGUUUUGCUCAACAAGACUCCUUCAAGUUCAUCGAAGCCUUUGACAUUCUUGAAAACUUAGCCGAUGAGUCGUCUCGUGUUCUAAGUCCCCAUCUGAAACUCCUUAUCGAAUUUUGUCUAGAAAUCGCACAGAAAGGCGAUCUGGAAGAUUCUGUGCGCGUUAAAGCCAUCACUUACAUCGGUUGGUUGGUACGUUUGAAGAAAAAAAUGAUUAUCAAGCAAAAAUUGGUAGAACCUAUCGUCAUCGCUCUGUUCCAUCUGAUGAGCGUAGCCCCAGAAAUCGAAGACGAGGAAGAAGAAUACUUUGGUAGCAAUGAGGUAUCUACCCCAAGUACAUGUGCUGCCCAGUCGCUGGACGUCUUGGCACUUCAUAUUCCUCCAAAACAAUUGAUUCCAACAUUGAUGGCCCUCCUCGAACCGGCUCUUCGUGGCAAUGAUCCGCUGGCUAAAAAGGCUUCGUAUCUAUCAAUCGCCGUCAUUGCCGAGGGCUGCUCAGAGCACAUUUGUAACAAGUACUUGAAGCCUCUUUUAGAUGUGAUCAAGACGGGUAUCACUGAUCCCAAUCCAUUGAUACGGAAUGCAGCUUUAUUCGCGUUAGGUCAGUUUUCGGAACAUUUGCAACCGGAAAUUUCGCAGUAUGCCGAAGAAAUUUUGCCUAUUUUGUUUGAAUUUUUGCAACAGCUAUGUCUGCAGAUCCGUAGUGGUGGCAAGGAACCUCAGCACAUAGAUCGGGUGUUCUACGCACUGGAAACUUUUUGCGAGAACCUCGAAGAUCAGCUAACGCCUCAUUUACCAAUUUUGAUGGACCGUUUGUUUGAAGCGCUGGACUCGCGAAACACGGUUCAUCUAAGAGAGCUCUCUCUCACCGCCAUUGCCGCUACGGCAAACGCAGCCAAGGUCCACAUGCUUCCAUAUUUCCCUCGUCUGAUCGAAGCACUGAAAAUGUAUCUGGUGAAAACUGACGAUGAAGAUAUUUGUGCUCUACGUCCUCAGGCAAUUGACACAUUUGCCGCUCUGGUGAGAACAAUUGGAAAGGAUAAUUUCCUUCCUCUGGCUGUCGAUACACUUAAUCUGGGUCUUACCAUGAUGGAUAAUUGCAAUGAUCCCGAUCUUCGCAGAAGUUGUUACAAUUUAUUCGCUUCGAUGGCUUCUUCGGUUAAGGAGGACAUGGCUGGGUCGUUGACCAAAAUUGUGGAAUCUAUGCUGGAAAGUGUUAAAAGCACUGAAGGAAUCGUGCCAACAUUUAAGGACGAUAAUGAUGAUAUGGUACUGCUGAACGGCGCCGACGACGAGGAAGAAGACGAUAAAGAGUACGACAUCGAAAAUUCCGACAAUGAUAACGAUGACGAAGACGAUGACAUUGCCGGCUAUAGUGUGGAAAACGCGUACAUGGACGAAAAAGAGGAAGCUAUUUUGGCUUUAAUGGAGUUCGCUGAACAUACAGGACCAGCUUUUGCACCGUUCAUUCAAACAGCCUUUGAAGAAAUCUACAAAUUGAUCAACUAUCCUAACGAAGACAUUCGCAAGGCAUCCAUCGAUGCCUUGAAACAGUUUGUCAUCUCGCUGCACGAGCUGGGAAAUGUUGAGGGAGUGAACCAAACGAUUUUGAUUUUGAUCCCGAAAUUGAGUGAAAUUAUUCGCACGGACGAAGAACGAACCGUAGUCAUGUCCGCGUUGGAUGGCUACAGCGACAUCCUGGAAAAGGUUGGCACGUCUACUAUGCAGGCCGAUGGACAGAAAGAUGCAAUUUUCGGUUGCAUUGUGGAUGUUCUGAACGGUAAAGUGGCGUGCCAGUUUGAUGAACCAGUCGACGAAGAACAGGAGGAAAGCGAAUACGACGAAGCUAUUAUCGAGUCGGCUGGCGAUAUUUUGCCUAAAUUUGGACGCGCCCUGCCACCGGCUGAAUUUGCUGUGUAUUUUGGGCGUGUUUGGCCUUACUUCAUUCAAAAAAUUGAAAAAACGAAACAUAAAGACGAAACAACAGAUUCGCAGCGCGCCUUCGCCAUCGGUGUUCUGUCAGAGUGCUUCCGUGGCCUGAAAGAAUUCACCGCAAAUUGGGUCGAAGCGCUGUUACCAAUUUUCAUCUCAUGCGUGCAGGAUCGCAACAACGAGGUGCGAAACAAUGCUGUAUACGGCAUCGGUGAAAUGGUACUACAUGGAAACGAAUGCACUUACAAGCACUAUCCUCAAAUUCUGACAUCCCUUUCGAAUGUAGUGGCAAAGGAACAACAUGCUGGCACACUGGAUAACAUUUGCGGAGCUCUAGCUCGCUUGAUUUCUACCAACAGCAGCCUCAUUCCCAUGAAAGAGGUCCUCCCAGUGUUCGUGCAGUACUUGCCACUACGCGAAGACUUUGAAGAGAAUCUCGCCGUAUUCCGGAGCUUGGAUGUAAUUUAUCGACAAGGAAACGAACACCUUAUCCCACUACUCGGACGUGUUCUGGUAGUUGCUCUUCAAGUUCUGUAUAAACAACAGCACAAUAAUGAAGAGUGCCACGACCUGGUGUUCAGCUUUGUCAAGCAAAUUAACCGUGACUUCCCGGACAAAUUUGCCGAAGUGGUGCGCAGCGAUAUGGAGAUUGCCAACUUCGUGGAGUCGCUUCCGCUCCAGUAGAAGUCAGCGCGUGUGCAUUUAAUGCGCAAGUUAUAUGUUUCCUACAUCGAUCCCUAUCUGCAAACCUGCGUGCGCCGAGUAGAGAAGAAAAGAGUCCACCACAGCAAGCAGUCACACUCUAAUGGUGGGCCCGGGUAUGGAGACGAGGAUCACAAGUGAAUGAAUGUGAACGAAGGCUGGUUGAGUGCAAGCCACGACAUUAUAAAUCAACGAUUGAACGAUACGCCUAAGGAGCAUGUGCGAUUUUUUUUUUCAAUGUGUUUAUCCGAUUACACAAGCUAAAAACUUUCUAUCGCAACUACUAUUGCUAACCAGAUGCAUUAUUUUCAACGGUUAUGAAGUGUUCAACAAUAGAUUCACAUCUUUAGGUAACCAUCUAUUUAUUCUAAUUAGAAUAAAGUUCUUUAUUGAAUUGUUGUUAACAAAAAUAUUAAAUUAACACUCAUGCCAUUGACCCCCUGCAUCUCCAUAUAUCAGCUUUAAACGUCCCAAACACACCCCAUUCAAAGUCGAUUCUGUCCAUUGCAAAGAAGCCAUAGAACAGUUCAUUGAAUUAUUUAAAUACAGUCCUGAAACACAGAAUAACAUCCUUUGAAACUGAAAACACAUGUAAUGUAUUUAUGUGAUAAAUAUAGAGAAUCUACAAAUUCAAAGUACUGAAUUAUAAA